AGAUUUCUGUUAUUUCUCAAUUUAUGUGUACCUGCCUACUUAACAUUAAUGUGAUUGCGCUUAUUUUAUCAUAGCUUUUAGGAUAACAUUAUCUUGGUAUUUGAAUUGUAUAAACUUAGUAUGCAGUAAUGGCAGAAUAUAAGAGCUCUUCAUUCAAUGUAGUUACAUUAGUAGAUAUAGUAAUUUAGAACUGCAAUUUUCAUAAUUUUGGAAUUUACCUUUUCUUAUACCCUUUUCAGGUAAAUAUGAAUAAAGAUUCUCCGAAAAUAGCUGUGGUCGGAGCUGGAAUAGUGGGUUUGACGGUUGCAAAAAUAUUACAAGAAAAGCUUGAUAAAACUAAUAUAACGUUGUUUGCUGAGAAAUUUCACCAUGACACCACCAGUUGCGUGGCUGCGGGCAUCUUCAGGCCAGGCACUAGUUUCAAAGGGCCUACGCCGGAGAUAACGAAAAAAUGGAUCAACGAAUCCUGGUAUUACUGGCAAGAUAUAUUAAAAAGUUUUGAAUCCGUCGACGCUGGCAUUAUGGCUUUUGACAGUUACAUAUUUUCCAAAGAAAACUAUCACGUUACAAGAAACCACUUAAUUGAGGAUCUCCUACCUAUCUAUAGACCAGUGCAAGAAGACGAGUUGAAACUCGUCAAUGGCGAUUGGAAAUACGGAUCGUAUUUCUCUACAUUAAAAGUAGGCUGCGAAAAACAUUUACCUUGGCUUGAGCAGAUAUUCAAAAGAAAAGGGGGUGUCAUUGUUAAUGGUAAAGUCGAUAGUUUCACAUCCCUAGCAAAGUACGAUUUGGUCUUGAAUUGCUCUGGUUUUGGCGCCAAAUACCUGUGUAACGAUCAUGACUUGGUACCCAUCCGCGGGCAGGUUGUGAAAGCGCAUGCACCUUGGUUGAAGUUUGCAUUUUACGGUGAUUAUGAUACUUAUAUAAUUCCUGGUUUGGAUGGGGUGGCUACUUUGGGUGGAGUGAGACAAUACGAUAGUUAUAACAUGGAAGUUAACAAGCAUGACACUGCGGCCAUUUUGGAGCGUGUCUACGAAAUGUUGCCAGCUUUAAAGAAAGCGAAGAUUGUGGACCAUAAGGUGGGGUUGCGUCCCCAUCGGGUACCUGUUCGUGUUGAGCCAGAGAUGGUGGGUGGUCUGAAGGUGGUGCAUUGCUAUGGACACGGCGGUUACGGAGUGAUGUGUGCACCCGGCACUGCGAUACAUGCUGUCGAGAUAGCAAUAAAUCUGCUUAAAGGCAACAGCCGAGCUCAUUACUGAUUUUUGUUAAUAGACAAUUACAUUCACGUUAGAUAUUUAUUUUACCUAAAUAGAAUAUUGAAGUUAAAAUAUUGAAUGUAGCUACGCUGAUCAAAGACAAAAUAUACCUAUACUUAUUUGAAUAAUUUUAUUUCUGAUACUGUAUAUCGAAAAAAGAAAAAUAAUACAUUUAUUGUUUAUAUAAAAGUCUUGUACUCGUAAAUUAACAACCUAAACCAAUCAACAACAACUAUUGUUAUAGUCCGUAUUAAGAGUUCAUAAUAUACCUACAUGAUUUCAGUAAGUAGCUACUUAUUAGCUAGUUCUAUAAAGGUUCAAGGACUACGUAUUGUUAUCUAAAGAUAAUAAUGCUCUUUGUUUAUUAUGUACAGUAUGCCUCUUGUGCCUAAUAAAUAAAUAGGUAUUGG